CUCUCGUCCAUCCACACCGCCUCGUCCUCCCCCUCGCCCACGAGGAUUCCGCUGCCGCGCAGCUCACGGCGGCACUCGUCCACGGCGGCCGUCAUCUGGUCCAGCUCGGCUGGCUGCUGGUGGGGUUGAUGCCCAGGUUAACCUCGUAGACGGUGCGGGCGGAUGGACGGUCCCUCUUGCCCUCGUAGUCCUCCCUGGCGCCCUCAAGGAAAACCAGCUCCUGCUCGGGGGGGCAGAAUGUGGGGGUCCCAUCAGGUGCCUGGUCGACGGCCUCGAGGGCGGCCUUCCGGAGGGGCACGCGGGCAUGGGCAGGGCCGAUGAAUGCGGGCGCGUCGGGGGAUGGCUGGACGAGGGUGGCGUUAGCCAGGUCGAUGACCCGGAUGGCCUCCUUGACGUCCCUCUCCUGCUGCGAUGCCGACACCCGCAAAGCCGACCUCUUGACAAAAACGUUGUUUUUGUGGUGGUCCGUCAAGAGGAGGCCCUCCUUGGCGGCGUGGAUGUGGGCCUCGUUGAUGAGCUCGAGGGCGGUCGUGACGGCGAACAAGUCCUCCGCCACUGACCUGACCCUCUGCUCGGCCGUCUUGCCGCUGCAGCGGUCGACCACGGUUUCCAGGUUGAGAUCUCCCGGGUUGCCCUUCCUAUCCCUCAGCAGCAGGUUGCGCUGCUCGGUGAACUCCUCUGCAUCAAACAGACAUGAAUCACACACCACAGACACAGAGAAUGACAUGCAGUGGGAGCAUUGCACUGCGUGCCCCACCCUCUACAGCCUUACAUGAGCCUUACAUGCAUGUGUACCUGAAACACGAGGCAUCCCGAUCGCCACACACGGCAGUCGCAUCUGCCUUCCCGCCUGGCAGACCUCGAACGUGGCGCUGUGUGUGGGGUCGGUGUCCUCAAAGAGGAGUGCGACGAAGGGCGGGCUGGCGUCGGGCACCUCGCCGCCGAACCUGCGCAUCAGCCUUGCCUCCCUCUGCAGCAUGCCCGCGCAGUGGCGCAGGUUCGAGGGGCCGUCCUGGGCGGCCACCUUGAGCACACUGUCGACCUUGAGGAAGCCGCAUCUGUCCUUGGGGUCGGGCAUCUGCAGCUCUUUGGUAAGGACGGAGACCCCGUUGGCACAGUGCAGGUGGGCCUCCACAAGGUCCUUCCACUGGUGGACUUGGCCGUUGGUGCGGAAGAGGGUGCCCUUUCGUAACAUUGCUGCUGCUGCUCUUGC